CUUCUCUAUACCUGCCUUGUCAUUAAAAAUUAAAUGCAAUGUUUUACAUGUGCAGAAUGGAGACAUUAAAGAGGCAUCUUCCGUUUACUGGUCAGGAGGGAUUACAAGAACUCAAGAAAAUUGCCGUGCGGUUUGAGGAAAAGAUUUAUACUGCCGCGACCAAUCAGUCUGACUAUCUGCGUAAAAUAUCUCUGAAGAUGCUUACAAUGGAGACCAAGUCUCAAAAUACCAUACCCACUGGCAAUGAUAACAAACCCCUGGAUCCAGGAGGUAAUAAUGCUAUGCAGCCUUCAAUGAUGCAAACCGUCUCUGGUCUUCAACAGAACCAACCAUCUUCUGUUCAACAGUCAACACAACCAAUGGUCCAGCAACAUCCACAAUCAGUCCUCAGGCAGCAGCAACAACCUCAACAGUCAGCUGGUAUUCAUCAGCAGCAAACACCAAUGAUGCUGCAGCCACUAUUGCCUCCACAACAGCAGCUAAUGGGGCAACAAUCAAAUACCACUAACAUGUCGCAAAAUCAAUUAAUUGGACAGCAAAACACUGUUGGGGACUUGCCGCAGCAGAGAUUGCUGGGGCAGCAGAAUAACCUUCAAAAUCUGCAGCAGCAGCAGUUAAUGGCUCAACAAAAUAACCUCUCAAGCAUGCAUCAGCAACAGUUGGGCCCUCAAAGUAAUGUCACUGGUUUACAGCAACAGCAGUUGCAUGGAGCUCAGCCUGGUAACUCAAGCAUGCAAUCUAAUCAGCACUCUCUACACAUGCUGCAACAGCCCAAGGUUACGCUGCAGCAGCAAGCACAACAAAGUGGAAGUGCUUUGUUGCUGAAUCAAGGGCAGCAGUCACACUCACAGCUGCCACAGCAGCAAUUGAUGGCACAGAUUCAAUCACAGCCUGGACAGUUGCAACAGCAAUCAAAUCCAUCACAACAUGAUCUGCAGCAAAGGCUUCAAGCAUCAGUCUCCUUGCUUCAACAGUCAAAUGUGAUUGAUCAGCAAAAGCAGUUAUAUCAACCUCAAAGAGCCCUUCCAGAAACGUCCUCAACGUCCCUAGAUUCUACAGCAGAGACUGGACAUGCAAAUGGUGCUGAUUGGCAGGAGGAGCUCUACCAAAAGAUCAAAGUAAUGAAGGAAACGUAUUUGCCUGAAAUAAAUGAAAUGUACCAGAGAAUUGCUACCAAAUUAGAGCAGUAUGACUCUUGUCCGCAACAACCAAAGUCAGAACAUCUUGAAAAGCUGAAGGUAUUCAAGGUCAUGUUGGAGCGCAUGAUAUCAUUCUUACAGGUCUCUAAAAACAACAUCACACCUACUUUCAAGGAUAAAUUGGGUUUCUAUGAGAAGCAGAUUGUAGGUUUUCUAAACCCAAGCAGAUACAGGAAGCCUAUUCCUAAUCUACAGCAAGGACAACCUCCCCAACCUCAUAUUCAACCUAUGCAGCAACCCCAAUCUCAAGUUCCUCAAUUGCAGUCCCAUGAAAAUCAACUGAAUCCCCAGUUGCAAUCAAUGAAUAUGCAAGGUUCUGUACCAAAGAUGCAGCAGAACAAUAUGUCAAGCUUGCUGCAUAAUUCUCUUUCAACUUUAUCUGGGGAUUCAACGUCACAAUCAAACAUGAUCAAUCCAAUACAACCAGGCUCCAAUUUAGAUUCUGGACAAGGAAAUGCACUGAACUCAUUGCAGCAGACACCUGUAGGAUCUGUACAACAGGAUCUCAUGAGCAUUUCCCAAUCAACCAAUGUCAACACAAUGUCAACACAAAGAGGGGCAAGUUUGCUGCAGCCAAAUAUUCCCCUUCAGUCGAAUUCCAGUAUGAUUCAACACCAGCAUCUAAAACAGCAGCAUGAACAACAGAUGCUACAAACACAGCAGCUUAAACGAUUGCAGCAACGCCAGAAUUUAAUGCAGAAUCAACAGAUGCAGCAGCAGCAGCAGCAAUUACACCAGCAAGCGGAUGCUCCUAUGCCUGGAGAUUCUGACAAACCAGUUUCUGGUAUUUCCUCACUCUUAAAUACUGGAAAUAUUGUACACCAACCAUUUGUUGCACAAGCACUGGCUCCAUCCCUUGCAAUUGGCGCUCCUGGGAUAUCUGCAUCACCUUUGCUUGCAGAGUUUACCAGUCCUGAUGGUGUUCAUGGCGGUGCUUUGACAACUGUUUCUGGCAAGUCAAAUGUUACGGAGCAACCACUUGAGCGCUUGAUUAAAGCGGUGAAAUCUCUGUCUCCCAAAGCACUUAGUGCAUCUGUCGGUGACAUUGGCUCCGUUGUCAGUAUGAUUGACAGAAUUACUGGUUCUGCAGCUGGUAAUGGAUCUAAAGCUGCAGCUGGUGAGGAUUUGGUAGCAAUGACAGGAUGUCAUCUUCUUUCGUUUUUGUCUUUUUUAUUUUUCACGUGUUUCUCACAAGAUGGGAACUCGAGGGAAUAAAAAGUGCUGGGAAGUAAUUUUUGUUGGAACGUCUUGUGUAACAUCUUCUUUCGAUGAUGACCUCUUGGAUGGCUGCAUGAAGCUUGUUCCGCUUUAAAUUUCAAGGUUAAUCUAUUGCUAUGAGCACUGGUGUUUCAAUUUGAAACUUGAGUUGCAACUGAACUUAAAUGAAUAGUGUUGGAUUUGGGGCCUUCUA